CCAUGGCAACAGACAGUGCCUUGCUCUCGCUUUGGAACGUAUGGAAACAUCGAAGUCAAACCAGCCAGGGAUUUCGAACAAAUAAUCGCACCAAAUGCUUCCAGAAUGGUGCUUCCAUUCGACAGACAGCCUCUGCUACAUAAGAGGUAUGCGAAUUUAGCGAUAUCGGUAAACGAAAAGCCAGCGAGCUCAACAAAGUCACCAACCCAACACGACGAGGCGACCGGCGAUGAAUACGCAAACUUUCUCAGGUCAUUAGCAAGCGGAGAAAGGCAAGAUGACGCAAUCACCAGGCCCAUACCAGGGGGAGGCAAGCCAGCGCAAGCAUCCUCUCCUAGAGACCAGUCACCCUCCAAGCAUCAUCCUGGUAGAGACACGUCACCCUCCAAGCAUCAUCCUGGAAGCUCCAUGAAGUCUGAUGGUCUGCUGUAUGUAACGCUAGUCGCUCAGCAGAAUGAGAAGGAUCACAAGAAAAAAAUGAGAGUAAUCGAGGACCACAUGCUACAGCACAAACAAGAAGAGCGGGAGCUCAAGCGCGCUGAGGGUGACAUCAUCAAGAAACAGCACCAUCUCAGGCGUGUCAUGCACGAAUAUGAGAACACUGUGUACAAGAAGAGAAGAGGAGAAGAAGUUAGACUCAGCGAGAACAACAAUGAUAUCGAGAAGAUUAAGCAGCAGCAUGCGAUACAAGAAGACAGGGCAACCAAAGCUCGCAUUGAGAGAAACAUGUCUGCAACACUCAAGAUGAAGGACAAGCAAAGAAAGGCCACACUUGUAAACACAUCAACGGAAUUCAACUAUCACAAAGUCGCCAAGCAGCUACAACUAACAAGAAACGAGGUGGCAAGACUGACGGCAGAGUUUGAAGCAAAUCUGAAAAAGAAAGAGGAUGAGGAGUUUCGUCUGAAGAAGGAACUCGCUGAUCUGUCCAUAUCCCUCAAUAUGGAAACUCAGAAGAAGAGAACCAUGGUCGUCGAGGACCACAAAUAUAAAAAAGAUACAACACAACGGGACAUUCAGGAGGAAAGGAGAAGAUACGGUAAUUUGGAAGACAAACUUAAGCAGCAAAGCGGUCAAGGUGUUAAACACGAGUAUACCAAGCGCCGGCUCAGCAGAGACCUCAUCAACACCAAGGACUCACUCUCCUUGAAGGGCAGGGAAGAGGGUCGUAAGAUGACAGAUGUCACCCGGCGCCUGCAGCACAACUCAACAAGUCAGCGGCAAGCCAAACUAGCGGCGGAAUACCUAGAGCUUGACCGACAGGGCAAAGAAAUUGAGGAGAGAGGCCAGUUCGCCGAAGCCCGCCGUAACCACAUGCUAGACCAGGUGACAACUCAGCGGAAACAUCAGAACACACAAGCCAUGACGGAGUGGAAAAAGAGAUUCCUGGACAAAGAGAACGAGGCGAGCCGACGGGCACACGAGGAUAACGUCCGGCAUUUACAGAAAAUUGUGUCAAAGCUUGAGGAGUCUGAGCAUGCGCUCUACAACCGAGUGCGCGCGGCGGAAAUGCAGCGACGGAAGCAGGAGCAAAUCGUUACCAGGCUCUCCACGGACUUCGACAUGCUGCGACGCGACAACGCCAGGAAGAUCAAGGAGACGGCUGUGCAGUGUCACAAAAAGGAAGUGGAAAUUGAACAAAAAUUGCUGCGAGAGAAAGCCGAGCUUAACAAGUUGCUUAGCCAGCGUGAGGAAGCCAUUCAAGUGCUAAAUUUUCAGCGCGGGAAACUUUCCAGUGACAAGUACAUGCUGUCCGAGGAGGAACGGGAACACAAUCGAAUCGCAAGGAUUGGUCAGCGGACUGAUCAGAUAGAGCAGGAUGUGUCCUAGCCCCUCCCCCCCGCGGGAAUAGCCAAAUGCCUGUCAUCUGUUAAGAGAGAUGUUCGCGGGUUUCCUGUGUUGUCGAGGGAAUAGAUAAGUCUCCCGCGCAGGCGUCCUUGGUGGGUCUCAGACUGACACUAAGGACGGCCGCGCAUGAGACUGGGGAAUAGGCAGCAAACGUGUCUCUCACUUCCUCUCUCCCAGGCCCCUGCUCACUGCUUCUUUAUCGAGAUGUUUACAUCGGGGGAUAGGCGGAGCUUGCGUUGAGCAAACUGCGCACGCGCGAAUUACCUCCCUACAGACGAUGAUGGUCUUGUCUUGUGAGAUUUACUUUGGGGGAGGGGGUGGGGCUGACUGUGUGUUAAGUGCGGAUAUGAUGAUUUCAGAGUGUUUUAUGCGGUAAUCUACUAACAAUGCAACUAACCCACAACACUUACAAUGUAACACCAAAUACACAAUUCGGAUCUUAGAUCUAUCCAACAAGUUUUUUCAAUAUUCAAUAUUUAUGGCUUUACUAAAAAAACUUAUUUUUGUAAAAAAAAAAGUUGUUCCCUGCUAGCAGAGGCCUCUUUUCUUUGUAUUAGCCCAGCGUAAUACAAAGAAAAGAGGCCUCUGCUAGCAGGGAAAACAAGAUUAAAAGUGAUACUGAUAAAUGCUUUUUUGCGCCUGUGUUUUAUUUUUGAAUUGUGGAUUUUAGUAAAAACAUGUUUU